CUCUUCACGGCAUUUCAGUCGCAUUCGGACUGUUUUUGUGUGUUGUAGGUGAAGGGGAGUGUUCUCGCCCAGCGAAAUUGUGAAACGUCUUCGGGAAGUUUUUAGAGUUUGAAGCAGUCCUAGCUAUUCGAAUCAGCCAAACGACGCUCUUUUACCAGCGUGACCUACCUGUCUUCUACGAAUUUCUACAAAUCAGCCUAAAUUAAGGCAUUUGAAGUACUGACAAAACAUAUAACCAGACUAGGAUAAACUCUACGUAAUGUUCAACAAGUCGGAAAACCGGAAGCUGGACGCUUCAGAUAACAACAUGACUACCACUGAGCUAUCACUCGGCCUCAAUCCAAACUCUCGUCCAUCCAGCCGUGUAUUGAAACCACCAGGCGGUGGCCACACCAGCCUCUUCGGCGAUCCCGAAGUUAAGCCAAAUAAGCCACGUGCAAGUUACAACCAGCAAAAUUCGUCCAAUUUGAACCAAUGCAUGAACACUACAGAUCCCAAUAUAUCUGUACAGCAGCUUUGCGAAGAAACGGCGGCGAAGCCAGAAGUGGCAAAGGAAACAGCAGCUCAAUCAGCCGCUGAGAAAACAUCGCCCAAUAGCGCGCCUUCUUCCAAUGAGCCUGCGGCGCCUGCUCGUGGCCGAGUUCCACCGGGCGGAUUCUCUUCUGGGGGUUUCUGGUAGAUUGCUGCAAUGCAUCGAAGGGAACGCUGGAACGGGAAUUAAUAUUAUAUUCCGAAAUGUGGUGCAAAAUGUGAUUUUGUUUUGAGGCGGAGAGGAUGGAGAAGGAGGAGUAACUUCGAAACGAUUAAGACAGUUGACGAGGAUAUUCUUCCGUUGUAAAAUGCUUCGAUGGAUAUGCUGAGUCUAGUUGUCAGUUAAUAUUUAUUACAUUUGAACUUUAUAUCUGUACCUUUUGAAUCUACCUUUUUGUGUACUUAAUUAUUCGUAGUUGAUCAUCAGUUUUUUGAUAUGAUUGUUUUAUUGCUAAUGCGUCCAGUACAUGACAUGACCAAAUCAUUAACAUGAUUUUAUUAUAUUUGCUAAAAGAAUUGGGAAAUAACUCGAAGGGUUCUUUUCGAUAUAUGCCUUGGAAAUAAUAAAAUACUUCAAAGAAA